UAGAACACAGCGGGGACAACUUCACACCGACACAGCAGAGACCAACACACACCGAGCAGAGGCAGACAUGGCAGAAGAAGCACCAGCAGCUCCCCCGGCCAAAGCCCCAAAGAAGAAGGCAACUCCCAAGGUUAAGAAGGACGGACCAUCCCUUCGGAAACUCAUCACCGAUGUUGUGGCUGAGUCCAACAACCGUAAGGGGGCUUCCUUGUCCGCGAUUAAGAAGGGACUGGCCGCUAAAGGUUACGAUGUGGUAAAGAACAAGAAGCGCAUUAACCUGACCAUUGUCAAGAUGGUAGAUGCGGGCGUCCUGACCAAGGCUACCGGGAUUGGAGCCGCUGGCUCUUUCAAACUGGCUAAGUCGGCGCCAAAACCCAAGAAAGCGGUUAAAGCAAAGAAACCAGCAGUCAAGAAAGUUGCUGCAAAGAAACCAGCAGCAAAGAAACCGGCAGCAAAGAAAGCAGCAGCAGCUAAAAAACCAGCAGCCAAGAAGACCGCAGCUAAGAAAGCAGCCACCAAGAAAGUUGCAGUGAAGAAAGCUACACCCAAGAAGUCUCCGAAGAAGGUUGCCAAGAAAAGUACAGUGAAGAAGACCCCCAAGAAGGUGGCCCCCAAAAAGACAAAGCCAGCAAAGAAGACCCCAACGAAGAAAACUGCACCCAAGAAGGCCAAGAAGUAAAGUGGCUAUCUUAAACCCAGCAUUCUAUGCAUCAAAGGCUCUUUUAAGAGCCACCACAGCUUCUAAAGGUGUUACUGUUCUCAUGAUCCAGUCAGCGAAUGUGACAGAAGCACAGUUGUUGUUGGUCAUGAAGGUCAAAGCGUCACUCUGCCAUGUCGAUAUGACAUCAAGUAUAACAAUCCACGGCCGAUCUGUUGGGGUCGAGGAGAUGUUCCAUUAUCA